AUGCUUGAAGCACGUCUAAGUCAAGCAGCUUUGCUUAAAAAAGUUUUGGACUCAGUCCGAGAGUUGGUUACUGAUGUCAAUUUCGAUUGUAGCGAAGAAGGAAUUCGAAUGCAAGCGAUGGACAAUUCUCACGUCGCUCUUUCCGCAAUUGAAAUUCGUGCAGAAGGUUUUGAUCCUUAUAGAUGUGAUCGUCCAAUGAGCAUCGGUAUGAGCGUUGCUGCUUUAACAAAAAUUCUCAAAACUGCUGCAAACGAAGACGUUCUAACGAUCAAAAAGGAUGAUGAUGGUGAUAGUCUAGGAUUGAUAUUUGAAGAUAGCAAAACCGAUCGCGUGGCUGAAUUCGAUAUGAAGUUGAUGGACAUCGAUUCAGAGCAUUUAGGUAUUCCUGAUACAUCAUACGAUGCUGUCAUCCGGUUAAGUUCAGCAGAAUUUGCAAGGAUCACUCGUGAUUUGAGCAACGUUGGUGAUUCAGUUAGAAUCUCAGUCUCAAAAGAAGGCGUCAGCUUCUCAGCAGAAGGUGAUAUCGGUAAAGCCAACUUGACAUUAAAGCAAGGAAGUGGAACAGCAGCCAACGUUGAUGAUGAAGAAGAAUCAGAAGAUGAUGAACCUAAAAAGAAGAAACGUAAGGGUGGCGCAAGCGGUAGCAAAGACGAUGAAACCGUUCCUGUUCGCAUUGAGAUGCAACAGAGCGUUUCAUUGACUUUCAGUUUGAAGUAUUUGAUGAACUUCUCCAAAGCAUCUCCUUUGAGUCGUGAAGUAGCUUUGCACAUGAGCAAUGAAGUUCCUCUUUUGUGUGAAUUUGCAUUCGAUGAUGGAUUCGUUCGAUUCUACCUUGCACCCAAGCUUGAUGAUGGCGAUGAAUAA